CACCACCGGCUUUGCUUGAAUUGAAAGCUUCUACUGUGACGACCAUCUGCACUCACCAAGAACGGGACCCAGCUGCGUUGCAGGCUGGUCUGAGAGUACAAAGGACACCCUUUGAGUGUCGUCUAGAUUGCGCUUGCGCUUUUUAGAAGUUACAGUCGCAGCCAUUAGUGACUGCUUGCUGGAAGAUCGGGCUCACUGCCGUAGCCCGUGACUUUUCACAACACCAGCGUUUCAUACUGGCACUCUCUACACGCCUGUAUAGCAUUUGGAGUUGAAGUUUUUAUUAUUAACGUUGACCUCUCUUUCGUCAGAGGUCUUGUUCCCAUUUCUAACAGCGGACUCGCACUUACACCCCUACCACAAUGUCUAAAUCUUGUUCCAAGAGCAAGAGUCCCCCUCCAGACAUUAAACCCAAGGUUGAGGAGGGUAUCAAGCUAGAAGAAUCUCUUUUCCCUUCAAUAGACACUAAGCCCUCCAAGCCGGAGCCAUCACCGCCCCUCAAGCGAGAAUCUUCUGAAUCCGCAGCCAGUGUAAAACCCAAACCAACAGGCCCACAACUCAUUGGCGACCUUCCGCGCGCGGAACCCGCCGCUCAUGCAACAUUUGUAGAGAUACCUGACAAUCACUAUCAGUAUGGGACGCUUGGGCGCUCAAGAGAAGAGGGAGAGAGCAUGACUUGUGACUGUCAAUAUGACCAUGGUGUCGACGACCCAUCGGAUGCCUGUGGGCAUGAGUCGGACUGUAUCAAUCGGCUCACACAGGUGGAGUGCCUCCCAGAAGACUGUCGCUGUCGGAUUUACUGCCAGAACCAACGGUUUCAGCGCAAGGAGUACGCUAAUAUUCAGAUUGUACAGACAGAAAAGAAGGGGUUCGGUCUUCGAGCGGGUACGGAUCUUUCAAAGGAUGCAUUCAUCUAUGAGUAUGUCGGCGAUGUCGUCAGCCAUCCUUCCUUCAUGAAGCGUAUGCGUCAGUAUGGGGAGGAAGGGGUCAAGCACUUCUACUUCAUGAUGUUACAGAGAGAUGAAUACAUCGAUGCUACAAAGCGAGGCGGUAUUGGCAGAUUCGCAAAUCAUAGUUGCAAUCCCAACUGCUAUGUCGCGAAAUGGACAGUGGGAAAGCACGUCCGCAUGGGCAUCUUCGCAAAUAGGUACAUACGAAAAGACGAGGAACUCACCUUCAAUUACAAUGUGGACCGUUACGGGCAUGAGGCACAACCGUGUUACUGCGGAGAGGCGAAUUGUGUGGGCUUCUUAGGUGGCAAGACCCAGACUGAUAUUGCUGGGAUGGAUGACCUUUACCUUGAUGCAUUGGGUAUUACCGACGAGGUGGAGAAGCUAGGCCUCAAGGGUAGUAAGAAAAAGAAGGGUAGAAAGCUUGAUGAGGACUACAUGCCAGAGCUUAAACCUCUUCUUGAGAAGGACAUUCCCAAGUUGGUUCAAGCAAUCCGACAAACCCAAAGUAAGAAAGUCCUUUUCAAACUUCUUACUCGAAUCAAGAUCACCGAGGACCAAGCGGCACUGCGCCAGGUUAUGCGUUUGCGAGGCUUCAGUUUAAUGCACAAUAUUCUCGAAGAUCACGCUAAAGACAUCGACAUCACAAUCGCCGCCUUGGAGGCCAUGAGCCGCUGGCCGCUUAUCCAGAGGAAUAAGGUUGAUGAUUCGAAGAUUACCAUACCUGUUCGAAUAUGUCUCGAGUCGGACAACGAGUCCAUGAAAGGACUUGCUCAAAAGUUAUUGGACCACUGGGACACCCUCGAAAUUGCAUAUCGCAUUCCCAAGCGAGUCAAAGCUGAUGGCGAGGAAGAGCAGCCUCAGCACCACAUUACCAUGAUCGACUCGCUAGAAGGGGAACUCCGCCCACUCAAGAAGCCAAAAUGGCAAGACCAGUACGAGCAGCACGAUUUCCGCCCCGCCCCUAAACGCCCGCCCUCUACUUCUGUUGUCACCGUUCAGCCUCAGUGGCCCGUUUGGACUCCGCCAGUGGUUAAUAGGCGAUCGAAAGACGAAAUUGCUGCUGUGAUCGCCGCUGCAAAAGCAGCUGCCGAGGCGGAGGCUGCCAAGGCCCCCCCUCCGUCGCCUCCUCCACAGGAGAAAAAGGCGAAGAAAGAAAGACCUCCGAAAAAGACUCAGACAACAGAGGAAAAGGAAACAAAUAAGGAGAAGAGGCUGUUGAAGCUCGUGGGCGCAGUCGUCGUCAAAUGCAUGUCCAAGUAUUCAAAGCAGCUUAACCACGACCAGUUCAAGAAAUAUGCUAAGGAGCUUACGCACGUCAUUGCUGAGAAGGAGAAGAAAUCUUCCAGCUACAAAGAUGGCAAACUGGACGCACUAUCUGACGAGAAGGCAGCAAAAAUCAAGAAGUUUGCGAAGGAGUACAUUUCCAAAGUGCUCCGAAGGCUUGAGAAAUCUAAGCGAAAGGCCUCAUCGUCUGCCGCUCCAGCGGCCUCAGUCGAGGGACAUGAUCACGAAGAGGGAGGCGACGUGCCUAUGGUGAUGUCUGUCGACGAAGCAAUGGAUCUUGGUGAUGGGUCAGAGAGUGAAGCGGAUGAUGCGGACAGAGGAGGCGAUGUAGAAAUGCAGGACAUGGAAGACAUGCAACAUUCUUCGGACGAUGUUGAUCCGUCCCCGAAGGAAGGAGUCACUGAACACCCUCCACAGUCCCUCACUCCAAUAACACCACCAGACGCCACUAUCGAUCCUAGACUACGGCAUCGGCUUGAAGAGCCAGGGAGUCCUUCAAAAUAUUGUUGGGACUCGAGUACAUAGCACUUACUCAAUCGUUAUCUCCUAUCUAUCACGCUAAGUAUUCGCCUUCUCACUUGCCAUAGCCAUUAGAUCGCACCAAGUUUUUCAUCGCUGGACAAAUUGAACGAAACCUCUUGGAGUUGCACUGAUUGUGCUUACCCUUGCACUCAGGCCUUUAUAAUGAACUGCAAUAUAC